CAAACUAAAUUGACACUCUUCUCUUUUAUCCUUCACAUUUUCAUGACUGUCUACUCUUGUUCAUCUUGAUAUGUUCACCUCUGUACUCUUUCACAAAAACCCAACUUCUUUACAAUGUUGUAGCUGUACAUGACACCUAAAAACCACGAUUUUGUACAAAAAAUCCAAGAUGAAUUCUGCUUCAAUGUCAGCAUCAGUUUUAAACUGCCAAUUCUUGAAAAUUCUCCCACCCCAAAAAACUGGGUUCUUGAAAUCUCCAUUACUUAAUGGCAAAAGUUGCAGACUUUGUGUGUCAGCAAGUUCAAAUGAGUUGGAUAAACAGAUAAUAGAGGACCCAAAAGAUGAAAUACAAGAAAAGACUAAUGGGGUUAUUAUUAACAGUGAGGAAGAAAGAAGAGGGGAAAAUUCUACUUCUACUGGUCCUAAUGCUGUUCUUGAUAAUAAGGAACUGAAAAAGGCUGUUUUAAAGACUGCUGCAACCUUUGCACCAAGGGCUUCGACUGCCACGAAAAAUCCUGCUGUACCUGGAACUGUUUUAUACACUGUUUUUGAAGUGCAAGCCUAUGUUUCAAUGUUUUUAGGUGGAGCUCUCUCCUUCAAUCUCAUUUUCCCCUCAAAUGAACCAGACAUCUGGAGACUAAUGGGAAUGUGGUCCAUAUGGAUGUUUACUGUUCCUUCUCUUCGGGCUCGAGAUUGCUCAAAGAAUGAGAAAGAAGCUCUCAAUUAUCUUUUUAUCCUCAUUCCCUUGCUUAAUGUUAUAGUCCCGUUCUUCUGGAAGUCAUUUGCUGUCGUUUGGUCAGUGGAUACUGUAGCAUUUCUUGGGAUGUACGCUUGGAAGCUUGGAUGGCUACAGAAAGAGUGACGGCAAAAGAAGUGAAGGAUCAGUGUCGCUCUUGUAGCUUCAAAUAAGUAGCUCGUUCAGCUGAUACAAUCUCUACUAUGGCUGCUUAUGGUUCACGUCAAGUCUGCUAUAUCAUGAUUCGUUUGAAAAAUGAAACAUCUAUGAGCAGAGUAAGAAUGUCUCAGAUCAAGUUGCCUUGCUUCUGCUAGUUCGAGUUAUGAGCUUUACUGCUAACACAGAUAGAUAUCAUUUUCUUUGGGUUAAGGGUUGCACACCUUUAGUUUUAUGUGCUCUGAGUAUUCCGUUACCCUUAAGAAAGUCCAGAUGUUGUCCAUCCUUCUUCGUACCGAUGAUAAAUUACUAUUAAGAAAGUA